AUGAUCACGGAAUUGCAGGCUCUUCUCGCUUCUGAAGGGCUUGAAGAGCUCAACGUAGACGGGGAUCUUCUUCGGAGGAUCGUUCAUCUACUUGUCAAAAUCGCCGUCAACAUGAGCGCUCCCGAUCUCAAGAUUGAAAACAUCAUUGAUAACCAUCCUGUAGGAUCUCUACUCAAAGAUGAUGAGAGGACGUUCAUCUGUAAAAGUGUUGACAUUCUAAGGGAACAUCCCGAGAACAUAUCCGGCCUGACCCGUCAUCAAGUUCAGUCUCAUACAUGCGGAGACUACUUGGACUCAAGCAUACGGUUCGACAGAAACGUAGGUUCAACUCAAUUUUUGAUUUAA